AGCGGCGCGCGCAUCCCGGAAGUGGCGGCGGCGGAACCCGGAAGCGGCGGCGGGGCAGGAUGGACGACACGCUCUUCCAGCUGAAGUUCACGGCGAAGCAGCUGGAGAAGCUCGCUAAAAAAGCCGAGAAAGACUCCAAGGCCGAACAAGCCAAAGUCAAAAAGGCCCUUCAGCAGAAGAAUGUGGAGUGCGCCCGCGUUUACGCGGAGAAUGCCAUCCGCAAGAAGAACGAGGGCCUUAACUGGCUCCGCAUGUCUUCCCGGGUGGACGCGGUGGCCUCCAAGGUCCAGACAGCGGUGACGAUGAAGGGGGUGACGAAAAACAUGGCCCAGGUGACCAAGGCGCUGGACAAGGCUCUGAGCUCCAUGGACCUGCAGAAGGUGUCUGCGGUGAUGGAUAAAUUCGAGCAGCAGGUUCAGAAUUUGGAUGUUCAUACGUCGGUCAUGGAGGACUCCAUGAGCUCCGCUACCACGCUGACCACGCCGCAGGAGCAAGUGGACAGCCUCAUCGUCCAGAUCGCGGAGGAGAAUGGUCUGGAGAUCAUGGACCAGCUCAACCAGCUCCCCGAGGGGGCUUCGGCCGUGGGGGAGAGCUCGGUCCGUACCCAGGAAGACCAGCUGUCGCGGAGGUUGGCUGCCUUGAGGAAUUAAGGUCUCCCGUCGCCCCUGCGGACUGCUGCCCCGCGCUGGUGGUACGGCGUGUGGGGCGGAGGGGCCCGGGACUCCUGCCCCACAGCCUCUGCUACGUCCUUGCUCUGACCCACCGGCCGGGCGGAGUCGGCCGUCCCCUCCUCCAGCAGCACGCCCCCCGCCCUGCCUGCCUGCGUUUAGACUCUUCUUUUGGGGUGUGACGGUGACAAAUUUUCCCAGAGCAGGCAGCGAUCCUGGCAGAGGGGAGUGGGGGGGGGGGGGGGGGGGAGCCGUGCAGCGAUGGCCUCUCUCUCGGGCUCGAGGAACGCUUUGCUGGUUCUGAUUUCAGGGUGUUUUUCAUUUGGGAGUCGCUGCUGGUUUCUGGCAGCGUCCCACCAUCCAACGUCCCGCUCUCGAUUUAACACUAAAGGAAUCCUUUCGGGUUGUGGUGUCUUCCGGGGCGCUGCUCGCCCGACUCGC